UCUGCACGUUCGACGCGGUCCAAUAAGGAUGCCGAGCUAGCGCGCAUUCAGGCCCGUGAGCGUAUUAAGGCUGCGAAACGCGAAUUUGCUGCGCGACAGGGCCUCAACAGGGCCACCGAUGUGGACGCCACUGCCAGUCCCGGCUUUGUGGUCUUCUGAGCCAGGGGGGAGGGGGAGGGGACCUCUUCGCUCCCCCCUCCUUUUCUGCCCGCGUAUGCCUUUUUACUUCCCCCGACAUAUUUCGUUCCCACCGUCGCACCAUUUACCCACAUUGCUUUUAGCUCGAACUCAGUACUACUGA